AUGUACAAUCAAAAAAUGAAGGAGUACGUGAAAGCAUAUGAGAGUCAACAGAAGCAAAUGCAGGCUUUGAAGAAAGGAGGCAAAAGCGCGAAACAAGCAGAAGAAGAGUUGAAGAAAAAUAUGCAGAAUAAACAGAAUAAGCAGACCAAAGGCAAAAAAGGAUCGGCCUCGAUGGGAGAUGAAGGAGAUGCCCCACCUCCUGAGCUUAUGCAUCGAAUCAAGGAAUAUCAUGUAAAGUUUUCGUUCCCCGAUACUGAUAAACUAGCGCCACCAAUUCUUGGACUGCAUAAUGUGACUUUCGGAUAUGGGAAUAACAUUCUCUUCAAAGAUCUAGACUUUGGUGUAGACAUGGAUACUCGUAUCGCCAUUGUUGGAGCUAAUGGAGUUGGAAAAUCAACUUUGUUGAAGCUUUUGGUUGGAAAAAUACAACCCACGGAAGGAGAGCUUACGAAACAUCGGCAAGUGAAGAUAGGAUGGUUUGAUCAGCAUGCAAACGAGGUUCUCAAUGGUGAACAAACUCCAAUAGAAUAUCUAAGUACCAAAUUCAACAUUGACUACCAGGUGACUAUUUUCCUGAUUUUCAUCGGACACGUAUGGGAAUUAUUGAUCACAGAUAAGUGCAUCUUCCACUUACCUGUGAUCUGUCAUCUGACAUUUGAUAGGUGAUU